UCACCAAGUCCUCUCAUGAUCAAUAUGAACCAGUCACCGGCUCCUUUCAUGACGGACUUCCAAUCACCAAGUCCUCUCAUGACCAACCAAUCACCUAAUCCCUUCAUGACCAACAACCAAUCCCCCCUAAUCCUCGACACCUUCGCACCUCCAAUCAACCCCUUCGUUCUCCAAAAAAUGCAAGAUUCCCCGCCCGUAUUUGGAGGACCCCAGAUCUUUGACAGCAUCCCGUUUCGACCCCAAUCUGCCGACGGCUUCGAAACGGAAAAUAGUGAACCUCAACUUACCAAUGGACUGAUUCACGUUAACGCCGUCGUGAAUCCUCAUGCUUCUGAAGCCUUCGAAGCUCCGGAUCGCCAGAGUGCUGUGGCAGGUCGGGGAAUCGACGUCGCAAACCGGGAAAUAUUUAACGAGGAAAUGGAAAAAAUCCGAGGCUACAACCCAGUUCCUGCCACACCGCCAAUUACACGAAUGGAAGUGGUAAAGGGCCCUUACUAUCAUUUGGACUUCGAUGGUUCCUACAACUCCAUUGAACAACCUGUUCCAUUCUUUUAUUGAUAAGAAGGUUUAAAAAGAGGAGAGGGGGCUUUUGGUUCGUAAAUCCAUCUCUUAUGUAGUUAAAUGGAAUGUAUUUUUUUCCUCUUCUGAAAUAGGCAUGUCAGAUAAGUCCAUCUCUGUGCAGUUAAAUGGAAUGUUUUUUUCUUCUUCUUCUUCUCUGAAAUAGGCAUGUCAUAUGUCCAUAUAUGCAGUUAAAUGGAAUGCAUUUUUUCCUUCUCUGAAAUAGGCAUGCCAAAUAAGUCCAUCUUAAUUGCAAUUAAGUGGAAUGCAUUUUUACCUUCUCUAAAAUAGGCAUGUCAAAUAUAUAUAUAGAAAAAAAUGUCUGUGUAAUGACAAUUAUUUGUAAAUACUGAGUUUUAGAGCAUUUAUCUUUCAUCGUUAAUCUAGUCUUUAUAAUCUUCAUUUGCUGUGAAUUCUGUUGUAGAAUGGGAUUAUAUAAUGUGUUUUGUAAAGCACGGUAUGGAAUCUAUUAAAGAUGUUUUGAAGUUUG